CAUGAAAUGCCUGGAAAAGUUGCAGUAAAAAUUAAAGCUGGCAGGAAUCUGCCAGUUAUGGACAAAUCUUCGGAUACCACUGACGCCUAUGUAGAAAUUAAAUUAGGAAAUGUUACCCACAAAACGGACGUUUGUCGGAAAAGUUUAAAUCCUGUUUUCAAUUCUGAUUGGUUUCGCUUCGAGGUUGACGAUGCUGAACUACAGGAUGAAAUUCUGCAAAUACGUCUUAUGGACUAUGACACAUAUUCGGCCAAUGAUGCCAUUGGCAAAGUGAAUAUUAGCUUAAACCCCUUGUGUUUGGAAACAUCGGGUCAGAGUCAUGGCAAAGGCACAGUAUUAUCGGGUUGGAUACCCGUGUUCGAUACAAUGCAUGGUAUACGAGGCGAAGUGCAUGUAAUUGUUAAGGUGGACUUGUUUUCGGAUGCCAAUAAAUUUCGUCAGAGUUCAUGUGGUAUACCAUUUUUUCAUUCUCCCUGCAUACCGACUGGCUAUCGGGCCCAAGUUAUUCAUGGAUUUGUUGAAGAAUUGGUGGUAAAUGAUGAUCCGGAAUAUCAAUGGAUUGAUAAGAUACGCACCCCACGUGCAUCCAAUGAAGCCCGCCAGGUGGUCUUUUUAAAGUUGUCGGGACAAGUCCAACGUAAAAUGGGUCUGAAGGCCAUUAAUAUGGGCGCCAAUGCUGUUAUUGGUUAUACCCAGUGUUUUGAUUUGGAGGGAGAUGUUGGUGUUGUUGCUCGCGGUGUUGGUACCGCAGUCACUUUGAUAAAGGACACAACAAAUCAACCAACCUCAGCAGAUAGUGCAUUAAUCGAAGAACGCACCCUAAAAUAUUUAGAAUUCCUUCGAGGUGGUAACUUUAGUACUUCCCAAAGACCCCAAACCUCUUAUUCCACCCAAUCGUUAAAUAAAUUAAAUUUUGAUCAUUUAGCUAUGAAUGGCGGAGGCAGAGGAGGCGGAGGUGGAGAUGAUUGUUCCGAUUCUGAUACAGAACAUAGUUCAAAUUUAAUGUUAAAUCUUAUUCAGCAAGAAGAAGGGCGUGGCGAUAGACCCCUUAAGAAAUUCACCCAUAAAAUGCGUAAUUUUACCACUUCUUCACGCAACAUCUUCGGUGAUAAAUGUGCAUCGUUGAUGCGUAAAAUUGAUGAAAAUCAAUCCUCUUCAGAUGGUUCACGAUCCCUAAGUGGUGUCAUUUAUUUUCCCGGCAAGAAUCUUAAAAUACGUUCAGAAUCGAAUUCAAUGUUGGAUGUACGUAAAUCUGCAGGAUCCACCGGAUCACAUCAUUGGGCUGGCAGCAGCCGCAGUGAUAUGCUGGAGGGGGGGAAUAAAAAAUCCAAGGGUCUUCAAAAAACCAUACAUCCCAUUGUACGGUCUGUGAGUGAUGAUUCGGCAAUGAAACAAUCCGCAUCAGCGUCACAUGGUACAUGUGGCCGUAAUCAUCGUAAUAAACAUAAUUCGGCAAUUUAUGUAGAAUCAGAGUCGGCCAUAAAUACACAGCCGACAACAACAUCAACAACAGCAACGAAGAUGAACAAUGAAUCUACCAUAGAAAGUGAAGAAGUAGAAAAAGAUAAUCAUGCUGAUUCGCUAAUCAAUAUUUGUAAAGAUACCACAAGUCCUCAGGUGAUACACACCUCAACCUUCUCCUCCUCCCCAAAGGAACUCUAUCAUAAAACGGAGUUUUCUUUAUUUCAGGAGUCUCUGGAAAUGUCUCCCAAUAUAAGUGUAGCGGAAAUUGCACCCACCAAUAGAUGUUGUCUAUCCCACAACGAUUUAAAUUAUCUAACAAAAUCGUAUAGCUCCUCGCAGCCAGUAUUGCACUCACAAUCUCUUAACAAUUUAAAUGCUCCCAUGACUGCCCUAACUACUGCAGCAAAUGCCAUUAAAACCAAACGCUCCUAUUGUCGCCCGGCAUCCAUUAUUCUAAAUGAUCCCACCAAUAAUGAUUUGUUUAGACAGCCCGUACUUAAAUUAUGUCCCUCCACGCCCACACCUUCCGAGUCGGAUAGUUUAGCAUCGCCCUGUAGUAGCUGUCGAGUAAAUGCCAUUUGUGGUGGGGGUGGUGGUCAUUCGUUAUCCCUUAGUCCAAAUAGUUUAUUUAGUUUUACGAACACCACCACCGCAACCACUCUAAGUGAUCCCGAACAUUUGAAUCAUAUCGGCAAUAUCUUGCGAUUUCCUCCUUGUAAUCACAAUAAUGCGAAAUUUAUUGCCUCUAGCAUUAAUGAAAAUACUAGUACUAAUAAUAAUAACAGCAAUAGUAAUGCCCAAAAUCCAUUGCUUGUACCAUUCAUUUCUAAUAAUAACGCUGGAAUCACCAUCACCAACCACCAAAAUCAUCGUCAGCACAGAUCGUUAAGUGAAAUAGCUGCUGGCGGCAGUAGUAAUCAUUCAAACAAUAGCAGUCCACAUACCAAGGGUCAUCAUGUAUCGCCCGCCACCAUCAUGCCAAUGAAUGCCGAUGAAGAAGUAGCGGCCGCCAAACUCAGCACAAUCAACACAAACUCCAACGCCAACACCAUCACCGCUACCACCACCACUACCAACUCCACUACUAUUCCUUCCAAUGUAGGCAAUCGCAGUAAGCUAACACCCAGUCCAACACGUUCAGGUGUUGUUGCCACACCAGCUAGCAUACAAUCACAGUCGGAUAGUCUGUCAUCAGCCACCACCAUAUCAACGGCCACCACAAUAAUACCCAAGGAAAUGGGAGAAAUGUGUAGACGAUCUUCAGAUUCGGAUUUGAGUGUGACACCCAAGGGUAUUGCUGACUUCAAACUGAGGAAUGAUUUGCCACUACUCUGGAUUAAUUCAGUUACGUUGGAAAAGAAUUUUGCUUCAGCUGCCUGA